UUUUUAAUGUGCUCAGACUUUUGUUCUGGUGCCCUCAAAAAAACUGAAAUUUAUUUCAGUGUAGUCGAUAAACCAAAAUACCGAGUCAAAGUUCCAUCUCUAGUCGGGAUUUCCAGUUUUUCAACAUUACCAUCCCAAAUAGAUCGUCAGCUGUUUGUGUUAUUCUCUUUAUUUUGCGUUUUAAUGUGUAAAAUUCACAGUCUAUAAGCGGUCUAUUGCGAAUUAGGAAAUUACCAAGUUCCGAAAGCAAGGAAAAUAGUUUAUUUCUACAGGAAUCAAAUAAAAGUGUAAAAUUUGUCAUGGCUUGGCAAAACGGAUUAAUCAGAGACAUGGUUAAACCAGAAUACUUGAUAGUUUCAUCAGAACUAGGCGUUGCUAUAGCAGACAAGUUUCCUAAGGCAAUGCAUCACUACUUGGUGCUUCCAACUGCCGAUAUUCCCAGCAUCUUUGUGUUAAACCGGAGCCAUUUGCCGCUUUUGGAAGAGCUUUACCGUCUGGCCCGAAAUGCCGUAGAGAAGAAGGGGGUGCCCUGGGAGGACUUCCAGGUGGGGUUUCACGCGGAGCCCAGCUUGCACAGGCUCCAUUUGCAUGUCAUCUCAACGGAUUUCGUAUCACCAAGUCUGAAGACCAAAAAACAUUGGAACUGCCACAACACCGAACUAUUUGUGCCCUACGAAAAACUGUACGAACAACUGGAAAGGGAUAAUUGCUUUUCGCGAUUUCCAAAAUCGCUGGUAAAGGAACUGCUAGCCAAGCCGCUGGUUUGUAACCAGUGUGAAUUUGCCUCCGAUUCGCUGCUAAAUUUUAAAACCCACUUACUGAAUCACUGGCAGCGUAAAGAAGACGAACGUAAGAAGACUACAAAUUUGGAUAACAUAACUAAAAUGAUGAAUGAGGCGAAACUAGAUACAAAAAUUAUGCCAUUAUGCCACAAUCAAGGCUCAAAAAAUCCCUUUCAAUUACCGUCCAAGCAACAAGCCGUGAAAGAAUGUGCCAAUCAUAAACUUGAUCUUUCAACCACUGAAAUGAUUCAGCGAAACAAUCCGCCAUUCAACUUUCAAGCGAUGAAUCCGCUGAAACCAAAUAAUGCACCCAAAUAUAGGCAACAUCAUGGGUCGAGGACCAUUUGGAAUGGUCCUUCCUUUCCGCCUUUUCAACAUCAAAUCAACUAUAGGUAUCCGAUGGUAAAUGGAUUCCGAGGACCAUCUAAUAUUAUCCAGCAUGGAAUUCCGCAUUAUCCAAAUCAGGCAUUUGUCGGCCCGGGAGCUUGGCCAAGUGGUCAACAAAGUGGAGUGAGAUCGAAAUUGAUACCAAGAAAUUAUCAACAAAAUCAAAAUCAACAGAGAUCUCAACAGAACUCAAAUUUGCAGCACCCAACUCAAAAUGUGAAUCGAAAUCAGGUAAACCCCUCAAAUUGUCAGAAUCCCAACCAAAAUCGACAAAAUUAUAAUCAGAAAGCUACAAAACCAAUAAAUCAACCUGCUGGCAAUCUUCACGACCAAGAAGUUACGGCUCCGCCACCUUAAACCGAUUGCAAACCUAUUCCUAUUUUAAAAAGGUUUUAAUAAUUUUUGAAAAUAAUUAUUUAACAUGGAAAAUGAGGAACAAUAAUGUUUAUUGAAAAUGAGUAAGCUACAUGAAAAAUUGGCUUUAUAAACAGUUCAUUUGAGUUUAAAAUCAUUUUAAAUAUUUUAUGACUGUUUAAGUUACACACAUUUUAUUUUUAAAUUAUUAUCCAAAAUAUAAAACCUUUUGAAAGUACUUAAUUGCUCGAAUAUGAUAAAUAUGAAGUACGUUUACAGUAUUUUUAAACCUACCGCAUGCACACUCCAUGCACACUUGCAUUAAAUAAAAAAAAAAUAAAAUAAAAAAAAAAAAAAAUAAUUUUAAAAACACAAUUCCAUAAAAUUCCUGGAAGUUUAGCAAGGCGGAUAUCGUUUUAAUUUUCUUAGAAAAACAGUUUGACUUCGCCACCCACCUGCACCAUCAUUUAAAAGACUCAAUUAGAGUGCUUUAGCCAACUGGAAAAGAACGAACCCACGGCUAAUUAAGCAGCCACCAAGGGGCAUCAGCAGAGCUGCUCCUCCCCCAGAGUCAGCUGAAACACUUAUUAAAUUAUGUUUCAGAAUUUGAAAAGUGGACAAAGUUUGUCGGAUAACCAGCUCCCCUGUGAGAAGUAUAACUUUAAAAUGUGCCGCAUUGUGUUCCUAGCUUAUAAAUGACGCUGGUGUUAGAUUUUUUGAUAUUAAUCAAUAAUAGUUGAACAUUUAAAAUUAUAUUUUAUUUGUAUUAAAUGCUAUUGGGUUGUUAAAAAUUUGAUUUCAACAUAAAUAAACAGCAAACUAGAAAAGAUAA